AUGAAGAGCACAGGGGAACUGAUUCUGCAGAAUUUGAACAGGAAAAUAAUCAGUGGAUGUAUACUAAUCGCAAAGUUGGUCACAGAUGAAAAGGCCAUGGAGUUCGUGACUACCGAGCUUUCCACCAUCCCUGACAUCGCGACCGUAUACAAAUCCUACCCCCACAAUGUCCUCCGAGCAGACCUCCUUAGAUACCUGCUUCUCUGGUACUACGGAGGCUUCUAUGCAGACAUCGAUGUCUUCCCCGCUCGAUCCAUCAACAAAUGUCCAGCACUGGAGCCCUUCUUCGCGCCCACAAACGACGGACCCCCUGACGUAUCACUUGUGAUUGGAAUCGAGGUCGAUGAACCGUACGCCUCACCAAAAUUCAUGCAGGACUGGCAUUGGACAAGAAGUUAUGGUCUGAUACAGUACACAAUGUAUGCGCCGCGACGAUUCAGCCCGCUUCUUCGAGAAACAAUCGUCCGGGUCUUAGCACACACCAAGCAAUACAACAAACGUCAUAGCAGUCUCUUCUCCAGUCUGGCCUAUGACGAGAAAACCAUUUUAGGAGUCACAGGACCUGACGUCUUCACUGAUGCCAUUCUCGACUCACUGUCCUCUUCCCUUCCUUCGACGCACCCGCUCAUUGAAAAGUCAGUUAAGGCGGAUACGGGUAUAGGCGAUCUCGUCUCCCCUGUGACUAAAGAGGUAGAAAAACGGGUCACAUGGGCACCUUUCCAUAGGCUCCAUGACCUUGUCUGUAUUCAGGCUGGCGAGGCUGACCCCAAGGCACCAAUGGGGGGAGUUUGUGUGUUGCCGAUUAGCGUGUGGGGGAAUGGGCAGAGGCAUAGCCAGGCAGGAGGAUUUGGUGAUCCCCAUGCGUGUAUAAAUCACCGAUUCGGACGGACGUGGAAAAAGGGGUGGUGGGAGUACAUCUUUGGGUAG